AUGGCAGCAAAUUUUUCAGAGCUUGAUCAAGGAUCAACAAGCCAGAGUACUUCAAGCAACAUUAAGUCUCCAAGAACGAAAUGUCCUGCCCCAUUUCUGUCCAAGACUUAUGACUUGUUAGAAGCAGAUGGUGUUGACGAUCGUCAUCAUGGCAAGAGAAUUGUUUCUUGGAACGCAGAGGGAAAUGGGUUUGUAGUAUGGUCUCCAGCUGAGUUCUCAGACCUCACUUUGCCCAGAUACUUCAAGCACAACAACUUCUCUAGCUUCAUUCGUCAGCUUAACACUUAUCCCUACAUUGGGCUUCAAGAUAAUUGGGUCAAAGAAGCAAAAUCCCAAAACAAGAAACUACAACAACAGCCCAAUAAAGCCCAGCCAAGUUUUAAGACCCAUUUCUCUUAA